GCAACGGACGCGGUCCCGCAUAAGACUCGUACAUGUGCUAUGUAGUACCGUAUGUGUUGUGGGUUUCAGAUUUCACUUAACUGUGGUAGGGGGUAAGGUUAGUCCCCUCCCAGAAGGUUGGAUAUACCUGAACUUGGACUUCUGGCCAACGAAGACUUUCUUCCAAUGGAUCCGUUGUGAGAUCAGAGUAUUUGGACCGUCGCCCCUGUUGACUUAAAGAGAAACAUCUGUUGAUGCUUUCAUUGGAACCAUGUACACAUAGCCAACGUCCCAACUGCUACUUGAUAUAUCUAUGCUUUGAGGUAUAAGAAGGAGUUUUCCUGGGGUUCUAAACGGCAAUCAUCACCAUGCCUAUUUUAGCUAAGAAGAAGCUCUUCACUACUCAGUAUUACGAUGAUUAUCGGAAAGGAAAGAGAAAGCUAGUUCAGACUGGCAUGCGGCCCAGCUCAGCCCAUCGGAGGAACAACCCACAUCCCCAAUCGGACUUUCUUGAGCCCAAGAACAUAAAGGAACAAGAUGCACAGAUGGCCUUGCAGCACCGGGUCCAGAGGGCGGUCCAGGACUAUGUCCUCAAGUCCAUCGGAGAAGGCAAGCUCAACAACAUCAAGAGGAUAAUGGAACACAGAGAGUACCCACAACUCACCCAGUCUCUCCCAGCUAGACCCGGCCAAGGACCUGGGAUUAGUAUACAUCCCAAUCAGCCAAAACAUAUAGAUCUGGACGGGUUCAUUAAAUCAUCAUUGAACAUUCUUGAAGAGGGCCAACGUGCUGAUAAGAAAGAAUUGAAACGAGAAAGAGGGAACCAUUACAAAGCUGCUGCAAAGACCUACGGGCAGAUACCUGCCACGCCCCGUCCCCCAUCAGUCAAAUUCCAGAGCACUACCCCUCGCAAACCCCUCCUAAACCUCAGCACACAAUCCAUGACAGGAGGGAAGACAAAACGCACCCAUACACCACCCACCCCACCCCUGCAGGCAAGAAGAUCGAAAUCAGUUGCAUACGAGGCACAAGCUGCUGCGUUGGCUGGGUCAGAUGAACAGAGACCGGUGCUCUCUAGAUCCAAGACAGCUCCAGGACAGGUUGAAAUGGUUGGUAAACAUGGUAAAGAGAACAGAAAUGAAAAAGAAGACGAAAAGGCGGUUAAAGAAUCGCUUCCGGUUGCACCAAAGUCUGACAACCUAGCCCCAAGAAUGAAGGCUUGGGUCGAGGGAGCCACAGAUUUCGAAAAAGAUGUGGCAUACAACAUGCUUCAAUCUCUCAAUGGCAACCAACCCGUUCCUCGGCCAGCAGCCCCUGCAACCUCUAUGAUGAAUCAGGGUCGGAUGGGGCUAGCUAACAGCAGAGUCCCAGCAGCCACGCAUGUCUAUGUUCCACCUUCACCAGCCCCUAGACAACCAGUACCUAACAGAAACGGAAGAGAUGACACCCAGGUCCAGGCCUGGAUGAAACAACUAAGAGAGAAGCUAGAGCUGCAACAACCAGGUCUGGACAUCCGCCAGCUCCCCAAGUCCUUAGCAGCAUCCCACCCACAAGCCCCUCGGAAGAAGAGGGUCACCCUCCCCGAGGAGUACCGACACGAGAAUAGCCAUUUUAUGAUGACGAAGCCGACAUAUCGACGUCAUUUUAUCAUCGCACCUGAUUGGGUCUCUGAGAGGACAUCUCAUCGUCGACUUCAACAGCAGGGCUGGGCUAGGAAGAACCGAAUCGGUAGUCAAGGUGUAGGCUAUUGAAUCGACGGUUUAACAUCCUAAGAUCUCGGUCACACUAAACAAGCCAACUACAAACCGAUCAAAGUUACAAUAAAUGGUAAUGUUAUAAGGUUAUAACUGCAUCAUUAGCCUAUAUAUUUUCGGUCGCACUAAGAAUUCUGGGCACCACCAAACCCACAAUUAUCAUGUAAAACCAAGGCAUUGUGAAGUUGGUGGUCUGGUUUAACUCCUGUUGGUGUGACUGAGGUCUUCAUCGAUGUUUUUUCUGUUAUACUGUAAUGUUGUAAUUGAGUAUCAUGACACAUAAACUCUAAAAUUUACAAAUGCUAAAAUGGGAUCGGACCUGACUACAGGGAAACCGGUUAUCAUUCGGUAUACUAUUCGUAGUCGAAUGGUAUUAUUUUGAUUGCGGCCUUUGAAAGUGACUGCAUAGCGUGCAGUUUGAUUGUGUCAUGGCACUUAUUUUGUUUUACAGUAAUUCAUCCUUGUUUUAGUUUUGUUUCCUUGCGUUACCCAUAAAGCGGCAAACUUUGGAAUGAGACAACAGAAUUUAUUUCGGAAAUUUGGAGGGGCUAAAGGUUGUGGUGGAUAGAUCAAUCCUUGAUGGGAAAUGGUCCGAAAAUGCGAGAGUACACAUCGAGGGAAUAGCAUUUAGGUUUGGGGUAGUGAUAAUUGUAUUGUUUCUCUUCUCCUUUGUGUUGUGGUAUAAGGGUGUAUUUUCAAUCGCAAGGCGCUGUAAUCUUAGGUGAUAAACCUAGUUGUAGACCUCUUCAAUUACAAGAGGUUUUUUUUUCGCUCCAAUGGAGUGUGGUUGAACUUAACUUUUGUGAUCAUUUAUUGAAUUAUGUCAUGUUGGGUAAAUACAUGUACGGAGGGGGUUCUCUUUACCAUGUGAAUAUGGUGACGGAAAAACAGCAUGUCGCUGCCAAAAUACAUGGGCCAGUAAAUCGACGGCUUUAUUUCAGAUCAAUGGGAAAUAUGAAACAUAAAUGUCGUUUGAGAAAACUGCGAGUGGAACUGUAAUUUUAAUUGACCAAUGCCAUUUUGUUACCAGCAGGUCUUGAUGUACAAGUCAUAAAAAUAUCAAAUAAAUUGAGUGCAAUGUUUAGUCGCCAAUUUAUCAUGUAAAUACUUCACCUGGAAAAUCAUUAAAUCAUACUCUCAUAUCGUCCUCUAACUUAUUAAUUAUGAGUGAAUGAAAUUUCAAUGUUUUGUUUUCAUAUUUAAGGAUUAUAUACUUUAUAUUAUGGUAUUUAAUAACCUUAUACAGUAUCAAACUCCGUCCUUUUCUGAAUAUACGCAAUCUUUACCUGAUCUUUCAUUUUUUUAGUUAUUAAGUAUAAAUUGUUUUUAUCAAGUAACACCUGAAAUGAAAAAAAAAGUAUUAGCAGUUUAAUGAUGAUUAAACCAAGAAGAGACUUAGUAGUGAGAGCAAAUAUUUGUAGUGUGUGAUACAUAUUUGAAUUGAUUUCAUAUUUUGCUGUAUUGUAUUCGAAAUAAUUAUGGCGUCAUUCUUUCGUAUAUCUUUCAUUUCUUACAUACUUUAUAACAGGAAGAUAUAUUUCUCAAUAAAAUUGUUAUCGAUAUAACUUAAUGUAUUUUUCUUAUAAUGUGAAAUACAAAAAACUACAUUCUCUAUGAGCAUAUAUUAUUUUGAGAUACAAGAGAGAAUUAUCGUCUAUUUUAUGUAUAUAUCAUGCUUUAUUGUGAACAGGUCAUUUUUAUUUUUGUACGAAUACAUUGUUAUCAUUGUAAUUGAGUAUUAAAUUACUUAAUUAAUAUUCUGCAUUUAGUUCUUGAGAACUAACAGAAAAUCACUUGAGAAUAGACUAUGCAAGGUGAGUUAUAGUAAUAGAAUGAAAAAAAUAUUAUUGAGUUUGUUUUGUUAAAAUUAUCUAAACUGAAAGUUCAUCUUUUCCUUUAUUUUCAAUCGGCCUUUGCUAAUAUAGAUAAAUACCUUUGCACGGUAACUCUUCAAAAAGUUUUACAAUUUGAUAUUUUAUCAAACUUGCAAUUCGACUAUUUAAUCGACAAAAUUGAUAGCAAAAUGAUGCACGAACUAAUCAUGUUUACAUACUCUACAGAGUGUAUUUGUGCAGAUGGAUAAGUGUAGAUCACUUUUGUUAGAAUACACUGUAAAAACUGUGUUAAAACUGACACCAAUUGGUGUUAAUAGAGGACCACACCCUGAGGUGUUAAAAUAACACCCUAGAGAUUGAACAUAACACCAAAGAGUGUAAAUUUAACAACCAUAGGUGUUGUAUUAACACCUAUAGGUGUAAAACUAACACCACCAAUUUAACACCAGUGUAAUAUAACUGGUGUGGUCCUCUAUGUACACCGGUUAACACCACAGUUUUUGCCGUGUAGAUAUACUUUCAGAUAUCAUUUGAGCGUAAAUUAUUUUCUUCCGACAAACUUUGUAUGUAUGGUUAUACAUAAUCAAAUGCUUUCAAACAAACCCUCAAAACCAUGACAAUCGAAAUGAGUGAUGAUCUUCAUGGCUUUAUCAUAUUAUAACAUUUGUGAUAACAAAUAUAAAUUUUAAAAAGUCAAAUGCGUUUAAAAUAAUCAUAAUAUCAUUUUCUCAUGUUGGUAUAAGAGCUUUGAUCAAUAAUCAUGAUGGAUGUUAUUACGUAGAAGCUGGUUUCUUCUACUUUCUUGCAAAAUCAAGAGCAUAAUUAUUAUGACACUUGUAAAGAUAAAGAGUACCUAUCAUCAUUAAACAUCACUAAAUCAAGUAUUUACCAUCAUGAUGAAUUACUGUGGAACAUCAUCUGGCAAAGUCACAAACGUGUGUGAAAGAAUAAAUGUAUCUAAUUGAACGCUGGAAAUAAUUUCUUAUAAUUAUAUGAAUAUGCUUGUAUUUUGCAGACGAGUUGUUACAGUUUUGAGAUAAUAACGCGUUUAAUACGUCUGGGAGAUUUCGUUUAAGGAGUUAUAAUGUCGAUUAAGAUAUUACUUGCUCAUCCCAAGGACAUUAAAAAUAUUACUCUUAUAACAUGUAUAAAAAGGAU